AUGUCUGAUCUAGAUGAUGAUCUUUUGGCUCUUGCUGGUGUAGGAUCUGAUGAGGAACAGUCUGCAGACUUUUCUAAAAAGAGAAAGGCUUCAUUGAAUAGUGGAGGCAAUCCACACAAAAAAAACAAACAUGACUACGACGAAGAUUUUGAUGAAGAAUAUGAUGAAGAAUCAAAUUCUGAUUCAAACCACAUCAGUGAUAACAAUAAGGAUGAUAAAAAUGGCGACAACAAUGAUGAUAACGACGGAGACGCUUUUUCAGAUCCAUCUUCAUUCAAAUAUUCGCCAUUAUCCAAUGAUUUUAAGGACAGUGCGUUAGAUAUCAAUCCUUAUCCAUUGGAAAGUAAAUAUAAAGACGAGGAAGAUAAAAACCGGUUAUUGUCAAUGGACGAAGUUCAAAGAGAAGAGAUUUUGUUUGAAAGAUCGCAAGAAAUUGAAAAAUACAAUGAACGAAAAUAUUUGGCUCGAAGAGUUAAACAAAAACAGGCGGAACGAUCUAAUAGGUCGAUGAAUGUGAAGAAGAACUCCAAGGCAAUUAAGUCAUCGAAAUUGUCAGAGUUGAAAAAACAAAGAGCUAAAAAGAAUCAGCAUAAUGACGGAUACGAUGAUGGAGAUUACGAGGACGAGGAGUAUUCUAAUAAAAACCAAGCAUAUCCAGAAGAAGAAGAGGAGGAGGAAGACAAAGCGUAUCAAGAAGAAGAAGAGGAGGAUGAUGAUUAUAAACCCGAUCAAGAGUAUCAAGACAAUUAUGCUGACAACGACAAUUAUCAAGAUGAAGAUAAUGACGAUUAUGAUCCCGAUCAUAACGACAACCGUAGCAAAAAGGUUAAGAGCAAGAGUCGACAUGGAAGAGGACAUGAUGAAGAAUACAAUGAUUACGAAGACGAAGACGACCGCAAUGCAGUUAAAUGGGUAGAUGGAUCAUCGUCUUCCAAUAAGAUAAGAAUUGCAAGUGUGAGUGAAAUUAACAAAAUCAAGUUUGGUAGAUCUGGAAUUCUGAAAUAUUGCCAGUAUCCCAAGUUUGGGGAAGUGGCAAAGGGGUGUUUUGUAAAAGUUGCAAUUGGAACCAACAAGCAAACAGGCGAGCCCCAAACUCGUUUAGGGAAGAUUGAUAAGAUUAUUGAUGGCAAGCCGUAUAAAUUGGAGAACAGAACCGUCAAUCAGUAUGCUAUAGUCAGCAUUGGCAAUGCUUACAAGAAAUUCCCAAUGAACAAUUUUUCGAAUUCCAAAGUGGAUGAAUUUGGGUAUAAUGACUACUUGAACACACUAAAGAAAUUGAAUUCCAGCUUGCCUACGAAUAAAGAUAUUGAGAAAAAGUACAAUGAGUUGGUAGCGUUCACGUCCAAGCCUCUAACUCUCGAGGAACAGAAUAGCAUAAUAGAGAGAAGAAACAAGUUGACAACUUCGGAGGUGGGCAUCUCAGCUAUUGUCAAGAAGUCGCAUUUGCUAUCGAAAUUGAAAGUUGCAAAAGCGCAGAACGACAUUGAAAAGAUAAAGGAUGCCGAAAAGAAAUUGCUGAUGCUAAACAGAUCAUUGAAGAGCAUGCAGAAGAAGGGAUUUGAGUCGAACAACUCGUUGCACAAGGUGAAUGAAAGAAACCGGAUGUUGAAUGCCAAAAACAUUCGUCAAGCCGAAAUUAUGAACGUGGAGAAACGUAAGAAGGAGUCGCGAACUGGAGUUGCGAAUCCCUUCAGCAGAUUGCGAACUACAACCAAGGUGCUUUACUACGAGAUACAGAAGGAGGAGAACGAGAGAGCCAAAGCUGAGAUUAUCGAGGAGCAGAAGGAGGAAGAGAAGAACUCGAAGAACAACGAGCAGUUAUUGCUCAAGGCGCGAUACCGCCAGUUUGGGGGAAUUGACGAGUUAAUUUCUAAAGUGCAGCUCAGUGUGGACCUUUCGCUGCUUUGUUAG